AUGGAGCGUGAUCAGCAAUCAGCACCUGCGCCCCGCCCACGCCUCCACCCAAGCCAAGUCGACUGUUGGUGGUGGAAAAAGGGCCAUUGUUUCCGUGGCGACCAAUGUUAUUUCCGGCAUGACGAUGCUCUGGCCGGGGUGGACCAGUUCCUCCGACGCCCCGCAGCAGCCGCGUCAAAUAUCCGCACUGAAGCAGCCGUAGCCGAGACCUCUGAGGAACAAUGCGGAAUUUGUAUGGAGAAUCCUACUAUCUUUGGCUUGCUCGUUAAUUGCGAUCACGUCUUCUGCCUCGAUGUGAUCAGUAUGCCCAAUUCUCAUGUCCCAAGAGAGAUAACAAAGACAUGCCCGCUCUGUCGGACUAAAAGUGAAUAUGUCGUGCCGAGUUCCGUAUUUCCCACCCCGCCACAGGCUGCCACCGAUACUGCUGGUACUACCAGCGGUGGGACUGGAACCGCGGAUGACUCUGCCCGAAAAUUGGAACCUGGUAGCGUGAAUGGAGCAGGCAACCCGGCCAAGGCUAAAAUCAUUGACAAGUACCUCGCGCGCUUGAAGGCAACCCCUUGCCGCUACUUUGAAGACAGCAUCAAACGAUGGCGAGAGUUGCCUGUGAUCGAGAACCCUGACCCGGCAGUCGGCGGUCUCCUUCAUCCCACAUUCUCGGGGGAGUGCCUCUUCGGAAACGAAUGUCAUUUCGCUCACGUCCACCCCAUUACGAACGCUCCUUAUACCUUCACUAAGAAGGAAAUAGCCUCAAUGAAGCGUGCAAACCAUGCGAGGAGAGCACGAGCUAUGCGCAGGGCAAUUCGUGGGCAAACGCGUCGCAUGGAGUUGGAAGGGAUGCUUGAGACUCUUAGCGUCGAAGAUGGAUAUGAAAGCAGUGCCACGUCUCUCACUUUGGAAAGAAGUGGCCUUGGGGGUAUGCUAAGCGUCGGGUUUGUUUUAUACGGUGCAACUGAAGGUAUCCCGUGGCUGCCUGCGGAUCAUGAUGAUGACCAUGACAAUGAUGACGGGAUUUUCGAUUUAUUAUAA